CUUGCAAACUCAUAUAAUGACGUGGGAAAACUUGUGGAUGCAGCAACAAAUCAUAAGACGCCACGUUGCAAAUCUUGAUCGUUCUAUAAAAAACGAAACCUGCUCUGUGUUCUUUGUUUGGUCUCGCCAAAAAAACAAGUAAAGAAGAGAGAAAUGGAGGGUCUGAUCCCGUUGGUUUACAAAGCCGUCAUGCAAAUCCGUUACGGCGACGAGUCAUCGUCGCAGCAACUUUCUUCAUCUUACUACGUUCGUCUUCCGGGAGAUUCCGGUCGGUUCGGAAGAUCCGAUUUCGAAGUAUCGGGUCGUGGAUCUUCUUCCAAUACGGCGCCGUCAUCGUCGUCGAAGACCACCACCACCACCACUACGUUCGCUGUUUACAGGGGAGUCCAGUCACCAGUUUCUCGUCGGGUUGUCACGUGAUUCACAUGCGUUUCUGUAAGGAACCUGAAGAUUCAUGCGUUUGACGGUGUGAGGGUGGGAAGGGUUCGUGAAUUUCGUUUCGUUUCGCUUUAGAGUUAGGGUUGGACCGGUUUAAUAAAAUAAACCUGAUGUAAUCAUUCCGGUUUGGGAGAUUGGUUCUCUAAGCGUGGGCUUUAAACUCAAAAGGGGUAGUCUUCGUGGCUUUUGAUUUGUGUGUUCUUCCAAUUGUAUAAAAAUUUAUAUGAAUAUACUGUAUUUAGUUUAUCCGUGAUCACUUUUGUGAAA